AGAGGUCACUCGGAAGAGGGCGUUGGGUUUGGGGAGUGGGGGUCUGUGGCGCUAUGUGGCGCGUCUGUGCCCAGCGGGCUCAGACUGCAGCCCCGAGGGCGGGUUUCGGGGCUCGGUGCGCAACGUUAAGGGAGAGACCUGGACCUCUGUGCGCGGCCCCGCUUUCUAGCCCGGCUCCGGCGCUUUGCAACGGCACGACCACCGGCUAUGGCGGGGUCCGGGCACUCUGCAGCUUCAGCCCCAGCUCUUGGCCCACACCGCGGAACCGCUUUCUGCUGCAGCUUUUGGGGUCACGCGGCCGCCGUUGUUAUAGUCUCCCCCCUCAUCAGAAGGUUCCAUUGCCUUCCCUUUCCCCCACAAUGCAGGCAGGCACCAUAGCCCGUUGGGAAAAAAAGGAAGGGGAAAAAAUCAAUGAGGGUGAACUAAUUGCAGAGGUCGAAACUGACAAAGCCACGGUUGGUUUUGAGAGCCUGGAGGAGUGUUACAUGGCAAAGAUACUUGUUGCCGAAGGUACCAGAGAUGUUCCAGUUGGAGCAAUCAUCUGUAUUACAGUUGAAAAACCUGAGGAUAUUGAGGCCUUUAAAAAUUAUACUUUGGAUUCCUCGGCAGCACCUACCCCACAAGCAGCCCCAGCACCAAGCCCUGCUGCUGCUGCUUCACCACCUGCAUCUUCUGCUCAGCCUCCUGGUAGCUCAUAUCCCACUCACAUGCAGGUGGUUCUUCCUGCCCUCUCUCCCACCAUGACCAUGGGCACAGUUCAGAGAUGGGAAAAAAAAGUGGGUGAGAAGCUAAGUGAAGGAGACUUACUGGCAGAGAUAGAGACUGACAAGGCCACUAUAGGUUUUGAAGUACAGGAAGAAGGUUACCUGGCAAAAAUCCUGGUUCCUGAAGGCACAAGAGAUGUCCCUCUAGGAACCCCACUCUGUAUCAUUGUAGAAAAAGAGGCAGAUAUAGCGGCAUUUGCUGAUUACAAGCCGACUGAAGUAACUGAUUUAAAACCCCAAGCACCACCACCUACCGUACCCUCGGUGGCCAGUGUUCCUCCAGCUCCCCAACCUGUAGCCCCUACUCCUUCAGCUGCCCGCCCAGCUACUCCUGCUGGACCAAAGGGAAGGGUAUUUGUUAGCCCACUUGCAAAGAAAUUAGCAGCAGAAAAGGGGAUUGACCUCACACAAGUAAAAGGGACAGGACCAGAUGGCAGAAUCAUCAAGAAAGACAUUGACUCUUUUGUGCCUACCAAAGCUGCUCCUGCCCCAGCAGCUGCCGUGUCUCCCCCAGGUCCAGGAGUGGCACCAGUUCCUACAGGUGUCUUCACAGAUGUCCCAGUCAGCAACAUUCGCCGAGUUAUUGCACAGCGGUUAAUGCAAUCUAAGCAAACCAUACCUCAUUAUUACCUUUCUAUUGAUGUAAAUAUGGGAGAAGUUUUGUCGGUGCGGAAAGAACUUAAUAAGAUGUUAGAAGGGAGUGGUAAAAUAUCUGUCAAUGACUUCAUCAUAAAAGCUUCAGCUUUGGCAUGUUUAAAAGUUCCUGAAGCAAAUUCUUCUUGGCUGGACACAGUUAUAAGACAAAAUCAUGUUGUUGAUAUCAGCGUUGCCGUCAGUACUCCUGCGGGACUCAUCACACCUAUUGUAUUUAAUGCACAUACGAAAGGACUGGAAAGCAUUGCUAGUGAUGUCGUUUCUUUAGCAACCAAAGCUCGAGAGGGUAAACUACAGCCACACGAGUUCCAGGGUGGAACUUUUACAGUCUCCAAUUUAGGAAUGUUUGGAAUCAAGAAUUUCUCUGCUAUCAUUAACCCACCUCAAGCAUGUAUUUUAGCAAUUGGUGCUUCCGAAGAUAGACUGGUUCCAGCAGAAAAUGAGAAAGGAUUUGAUGUGGCUAGGAUGAUGUCUGUUACACUCAGCUGUGAUCACCGGGUUGUGGAUGGAGCAGUUGGAGCCCAGUGGCUUGCUGAGUUUAGAAAGUACCUUGAAAAACCUAUCACCAUGUUGUUAUAAUUAACCACAAAAUUUCUAGACUCUCCUAGGUUACAUUGGUUCAUUCUUACCAAGAUAUUUAUGUUAUUAAGCAGGUGGCUCUUUUUAUUUUAAAGUUAACCAGUUAUUUUUAUUAUUGAGUCUGUCCAGAUAAGUUAUUUGUAAUGGGCAUUACUGAAUUUUUCUAAUGCCAGUUACACUCAAUACCGUGCACAUUUAAUAAUAAAAUGUCAGAUUUUAAGCCGGGUGUUCCUUGUUAAGGGACAUUGUGGCCUAGAUCUUUGGUGAUAAGUAUGUCCACUAAAAAAUGUAGUAAAGGCAAAAUUGUGGUUCUCUGUUGAGACAGGUACAUCAAAGUAGCUUGGAUAAAACCUUGAAUUUAUAAAAUUGACUUUCCUAAAAUGUUGUGCUUGGACUUAAGAGGGAGAGAAGGGAUCAGGAAAAUUAGUUCUCUUGAAGAAAAUGUUUGAAUUGAAGCUUGACUUUGGAAUUUAACCCCAAUUUAAAAUUUUCAGUUACAUGAUCUGGGUUUAGCAUGAAUGGGGGGAGGGUAGAGGACUUUAAGGAAAAUAAAUAAAAUGUCCAGAGUCAACAUUUUCUUAGACAUCCCCAACCAGCUGUUCUUGGCUCAUUUUUUCUGUGAAUCCUUAACUGGUGGUUUUCCCAUAAAAUUAUAAAGGUAUAAACCCAAGUCACAUGGUGUAAAUGAAAAUUUGUGUGGGUUUUUAUUUAAACAAAUGUGUAAUUCUGAGAUCAGAAUUCUGUAAUUACCUCCAAAUAUAACAAUAUGCUUACAGAAUUUAACAGAAAGGAAUGGUCAAAGCAGAAUCCUUCCUAACUGGUGGUUAUCGCAGAUGAACAUAAUUAUCAGAGUUCUUUACUCAAGGAAAUAUGGAAUGUUCCAUCAAAUAACCAUGGAGUAAGUGUGCAUAUGUAAAAUCUGGUUACUAGAGUUGGAUAUGUGCCAAAAUUCAUUUGUCACCAAGUCCUAUCUGAAAAGAAGGGGAGAAAUGUAUUAGUAAAUAGUACAGGGGCUAAAAGAUGAUGCCCCAAACAGAGUGGUCAUUUCUACUUGGAUAAAGUAGACAGUGUUAAAUAUGUACAUAAAGUGUUCUAUGUCUUUCCACCCCAUGGUUGUCUUGUGUAAAAUAAGAAAGCCCUAAAUCCCAUUGGAGAGAAAAAAGUAUUUAGGUUGCUACCUUAUCUUAAAGGAUCCCUGGUGGCACAGUGGUUAAGCACUCAUCUGCUAACUGAAAGAUCAGUGGUUGGAACCCACCGGCUGCUUGGGAGGAAGAAGAUGUGGCAGUCUGCUUUCAUAAAGAUUACAGCCUUGGAAACCCUGUGGGGCAGUUCUACUCUGCCUUACAGGGUUGCUGAGUCGGAAUUGACUCGACGUAACCUUAAUAGCUUACUUUUUCCCAUUUUGUUAUGAUUUACCUUUCCUUUGUGGGAAAGAAGGGGAUGAUAUUCAAGAUAAUAAAAAUUAACUGCAAACAUCAUCACAAUUCAACUUUCUAUUGAUGAGUUUUAAUAAAUGUUUUGGAUUGUUCAUUAAUAUUAAAGUAAAUCUGACCAGUGAUUCUUUGUAUAUGUAUUAUGUGAAGCUAGCCCUGAAAUUUAUUGUCUUUCAGCACUGAAUCUAUUUCUAAUGUUCAUUAUUACAUGGUGCACAAGAACAGUGACACUCCAUAUAUUCCACAAAACUCACCCUGCUGUAUUAUUAUGAAAAUAAUAUAUUAAUCUGAUUUUUCAGUAGUUAGUAAUUUUGGUUUGAACUGAAGAUUAUGUAGAAGGAACAAGCUUAUCACAAGGGACCAUCAUCCUUAUGAGGCAAAUCUGGUUUAAAUACAUGAAACAUCAAGAACAAUUCAUUCUUUGCUGAUGCUGAUGGCUCUAUUGUUCCCUUGAAAGAAAAAUAAAAACAGUAACCUUUUAAUAAAAAAUUGUUCUGAGUUAAAAAUCUGAGCUAUAAUCCAAACCCAGGUAUUUAUUUCUCUUACCAGGACUGAAAGAGAAAAGGCUGGAAAUAGUGUUUUGGGUUCAAAUUAGAUGUUAAAAAAUUAAACUAUAUGUUUUCAACGUGUCUGGUGUAAUAUUUGAUCUGUUAGAAAUUGUUUUUCACAUCAAAUGAUUAGAUGCAGGGACAGCUAUGUACUUAUAAGCUCUUAAUAGAGACUUAAUAAAGAUGAUUUUUUAAUUUAUCGAAUUGGUAAAAUAAGGACUGAGUUUAUGAAGAUGGAAUCUUAACAUUUAAAUCUCAAGGAGUUACCUAAAGCAUCUCAUGUUGGAUGGAGUAUGGCACAUAUUAGCUAGGUGAAAUUGUGAUCUGGCUGUAUUAGAGAUUCUGCUCCAAUUCUAAGUUUUGUAAGUGUGUAGUUAGGGAAUCCCAAACCACGGUCUAUAAAACAACUUGACCAACGUGUUCGAGAUGGCAGGAAUGUAUUUUCAAGGAGUAAUCCUCACCUAGUAAUGUACAAGUCCUAGAAUACAGGGGAAAUUCAUAAUCACUAGUGAUAAUUGCUUUAAACCCAACUGUAGAAAUAUCGUCUCUAAAUCAAGGAUACUAUUUAUGUCUAUUUGAAAUAAUUUCCAAUUUUGAGAAAAAAAUUACAAAAUUCAAAUUUGAACCAGUCUACUUUUCAUUAUUAGUACCAUUCCUGGGCAAAGUUUAGCCUUAUGCAGGGAGGGGGAAGUGAGAGAGGUUUUUAUGAAUAUAAAAUCCACUGUAGUAAUGUCAGUGAAAAUAUUUUGGAAAAUAACUGGAGUGCAAUGGCAACUAAAAAUGAAAAUAUUAACUUUUUUUAAAUAACUUUUUAUUGUGCUUUAAGCAAAAGUUUACAAAUCAAGUCAGUCUCUCACGUAUAAAUGUAUAUACACCUUAUAGCAUACUCCCAUUAAUCUCCCCCUAAUGAGUCAGCCCACUCCCUCCUUCCAGUCUCUCCUUUCAUGACCAUUUUGCCAGUUUCUAACCCCCUCGAGCCUCCCAUCUCCCCUCCAGACAGGAGAUGCCAACACAGUCUCAAGUGUCCAUGUGGUGCAAGUAGCUCACUCCUCAUCAGCAUCUCU